AGCGUCUAAGAAUAUAUUCCAGAUCAUCAUCAAUCCAUCAGUAGUUUACCGGCUCCUUUAUGACUGGCUUUACUAUGACCCAGGCAUCAAAUGGACGAAAAGAGGCCCCUUGCCACAGGACAGCUUUUAGUGUAGUCACUACGGAAAGCUUUUGAGAGUUGCUAGUGCGCUGAACAAAGCCCUGGUGCCCAUUUAGUCUAUGUUGUAUUAAGGCAGGUUAGUGGAAAAGCCAUGCAAACAUACGGCUGACGCUUUUGUCCUGAGGGUCUUUGAAACUCAUUUUAUCCUUAUCCGUAAUCAUCUUUCGCUGUUUAUGUGCGCGGAAAACCGUUACGUCACCACAAUUUGCCCAAUAACCGUCGCUGAGACAAGUAUCUAGAUGCGCGGGUUGAUUGACGUAUGAUGUGAGUUCUCUUGGGGACAGCGCGCGUGCUGUUGUAGUGCACGAAAGAGCGACAGUAUUUGGUACAUGUCCAGCUGAGAAGACGGGUCUUAAGGAUUUAUCAGCUGGUACACGUCCCUCUGAUGACGGUCGUGCCAGACGCCUGGCCACCUUCCUGUCGCGCUGUUGGCGGGACGGUCUCGCGGCUCGGUGUGAUACGAUCUUCAGGCGGGGAGCACGGCGUUGUCAACGGAAAUCGGACUGCCAAAUAAUUGCGGUAGGACGUCGGCUUUAAAUCCGAUGGUAAUGUUGGUACUGAGGCGACAUGGCUUUUUUUCGGCUGAAAUGAGUCGAAACUAAAGAUAAGGAGAGAGUCAUGAUUAUUACCACGGUGGGUAGUCAUCGUUGCCUGGAGACCGUCGAUCGAGCCAAAUCCGCGCGGUGUUCCAGAUAACGGCACAUGAUCGAGCUCACACAGGUCCUGGAGAAACCGUUCUGUUCAGUCCGUCUAUACGUAGCAAGCACAAAGGCGUACAUCAUAGCACUAACCACCUUCAGUCUGAAGAAGACAGGCUGAACAGAUGAAUCAACACUCUGCUGUCAAUCAGUCAAGAGGGACGUCAUCGAACACAUGAGUGAAGAGUUUGUCACCAGGCACACGCGGCAAUCGCAAAAAGCUGUAAGCUCCAAGCGCCCGGAUCUCAACACAGGGCAGCAGUUGGAGCAGACGUCACAUCGAUCGACCACACCCAUCGACCCAUAGGAUAUCUGCCGUCAUGUCCUCUGGCGAUGACGCAAACAUGACGUUUGCUAUCAUUGAUGACGUGGCCAUGACCAAGGGUCCUUACGAAAACAUGACCUACUCGGAGAGUACCGGGCAAGGUCAGACUGAGAUCGAAGUUGUUCUGCUGUUCUUUAUCUUGAUGUUUGUGAUCGUGAUGGCCAGUGUGGGAGUCAGCAGUGCCUGUAACAAACUCGCACGUCACUUGGAUGACAGGAAAAGGCGGGCUAGGAUCCUGCCUCAAGACACAGAAGACUCUUACUUCGACUCUGCGGAAGGCGCAGAGGACAGGAGACACCUGGAGGAGGAAGACACGGGGUCAGAUAUGGACAUGUACAAGAAUGAUAACGUCUAUAUCGUGACGAGGUCGUCUCCGACUGAUGGGAAGAGACAGACAGUGAUAGACGUGGUGCCUUUGUCCUCUCCAGGGUCAUCUUGUGGAAACUCUGUGUACGGCAACGCCAAGGUGUUCUCACGGACUUCCCUCAAUCCAGAUAUUUUACUUCAUUCUAGUUCCUGUUAAGACAAUUAAGUUUAUUUCAUAUAUGUCGACGCAAUAAUCUAUGGAACAGUGCGUUUAAUUUUUCUACCUGACAACCGUGCAGAUAUGGCUGAUGGUUUCGUUUGAACCAUUUAAGAACAUAUGCACAUCUGGUGCGUGCUAUGUCGCAGCAUGUCCAGGAACAAACUUUCAGAUUAUUGAUUGAAGCCCUGGAGGAGCCAAGAUAGCAGAGCAACAUCAGAGAAAAAAAUGUAUCCUUCCGGCGUUGGAAGUCUGUUUUAUUACACAAGACCAUUUUGUUCAGCAAUCUUCUGACUGUGAAUUCCAUCACAGACGGCAAGGGGUUUCAAAGUACGUCAUAGAUCUACCGACACCGUGGGCUCAGAAAAAAACAGGCGGACAGAGAAUGGUGAUGAAUAACCACUUCAGCAGACUUACCGUUAAGACCAGUGCCAGCCUCAACCGCAUUCACAUGCGAUAACAUCAGAAAUAUACGAGAAACAAAGGCUAUCUAUGCACUUUAAAUGCUGUAAUACUUGCCAAUAGAAGAUAUCGCAUGGUAGAUUGAAAAUGGCCAGUGUAGCUACGUCUUUAUAUAAUAGUUUCACGAAUUAUCAAACAAGUAACAACCGAAAAUAAACUGGAACCGACCCUACAGAAUCGUAGACAAUUUUCUAAAACAAAAACAAAUUUGAAAACUAUCUAAAACAAUCGGGUUGUUUUGUGUAGCUCUCUUGUGUGACACUCCUUUUCAACACUUGUGCAGAGAUGGAGACUCCCAUAUAUCACGUUCAAGAAAGCCAAAUACAUUCUUGCACGUUCUUGCGUAUGUUUGCGAUUUCCCUGAAUACGAGUAUGUGCAUGACUUCAGAGUUACCAUGUGUCUGAAGACUUAUAUUGUGCCUAGCAUUUUAUUGCGAAUAUCGAUGUGAGAUAAACGUUUUCUUCUUAUUCCUGUGUGUUUUUUCAUAUCUAUCAAAAACAGCGUUCUAGAUA